CGGGCCUAAGACGGUCUUAAAUAUAAGAACUGACUAUGAAUACCGGCCUAUGUUAAUGGUUUAUACUCAGGCAUAAUACACAAAAAAUGCAAGAAUUGUACAAACAAAAGAAGCCAUUACAAUAGAAGAGUGGAAAAAGUUUAUGAUUGAGAAUUGUAUGUAGAGUUUCUUACAAUUUACAAUAAUUAUAUUUACACGUAUAUACACGCAUUUUUCGUUACAAAAAAUUAAGAUUCCUUAUUAAACUAAAACGAAUUAUCACAAAAAGGAAAAUAGGGCGAAGCAAGCAUUGAAAUUUAGUUCAUUGAAGGUUGAUGACAAAGAUGAUGUCUUCUAUAAAUAAAGAUGAAAUUUACCAUUGCAAAACACAACUUAAACAAAACAGAUUGUGUUAUACAUGGAAUAUUUCCGAUAUUUGGGAAAUUUAUAAAUUUGGUAUUAAAUUAUACUCUUUUAAAUCCGCAAGUUUUAAAUUUGAAAUGCAUCCUGCAGAAGAUAAGUUAAAUUUUUAUUGUAUACCUGCGGUAAAGAAGGAUUAUAGAAUCUACUAUUCUGUUUUUUUGAAAACUAAUACAGGAGAAAUGACUAAUGUAGUAAAAUCGAAAUAUGUAGAUUUGUUAUAUAAUGGCGUAUUAGAGGCUAGCUUAUGCUAUGAAAAUAACCUAUUCUAUAAGCUACCUAUUUCACUUCUUUCCGAUAAUAUGUAUGUAUUGCCUAACAACACACUUACAAUAUGCUUUAAAUUACAUAUACUCGUAAUGUACGACAAAAAUGUAUCCUAUUCAUAUAAGAGACCUGAUACAGAUACAGAUACAGAUAUUUUUGUUCCUAAAGAGAAAUCCGAUUCGUUUGUUUCGUUUAUAAUAAACAAUGAACGUCUUGAAGCAAAUAAGAUGACUAUAAGAUCACUAUGUUUAAAAAGUAAAGUUUUUGAAGCUAUGUUUAACAGUGGUCUAGAAGAAAGUGUAAAUAAAGUAGUAGUAAUAACUGAUAUAAGAUAUGAUGUUCUAAAGGAAUUAUUAUCCUUUGUACAAAUUGGUUAUCUAUCUAAAACGCUGGAAGAGAUAGAAGAGAUAAAUACAAUACGUGAACUUUUUGUAGCAGCUGAUAAGUAUGAUAUACAAGAUCUUAAAUUAAUAUGUGAACAAUAUUUAAUUAUAAAUACGACAGAAAAAAACGUUGUAGAACAUUUAAAGAUUGCACAUUUAAAUAAUGGAAAAACGUUGGAGAAAUAUACCAAAGAUUUUAUCAAAUUAUAUUCAAAAGAUAUUGUGGAUACCUCAGAAUUUAUAACUUUAAUGGAAAUGUAUCCUGAGCUACUAACUCAGACUGAAAAUAUCAAACAGAUCAUACAAAAAGUUGAAAUAUUUGCAUAAUCAGUAUAAUUUAAAACAUCAUGUAUAUGGAAUUUCUACAUAUGGUAGUCAUAUACAUAAAACUGAAUUAGAAUAUAAUUUCUACAUUUAUAGAAUAUAUUUUUAUAUUCCACAUUUAAUUUCGACAUUUUAUAUUUGUGUUUUAUGUCAUAGAAUAGCUUUUUAAUUUAUAGUAUAAUAUAAUGCAUAUCUGAUAUUAAAGAAUAGUUCUUUUUUUAGUUGCUAAGUGUGGAUAUGUGAAAACCGUUCUUGGUUUUGUGCGUUUUAGAAAAAUACAGCCAAAACAAUGAAGAUAAAAAAUUCAGUAAAGAAAUGUUUAUUUUAUGCAUUAUAUAUUUAUUGCAUUAUGUUUUAUGCAUUAUGUUUAUUAUAUGCAUUAUAUUAUUAUAUGUUACAUAUUUAUUUCAUAUUAUAACAAUCUUUUUGUUAUCAAUUUACUUUUGUUAUCAAUUACGUAGGACUUUCAUGUAUCUCUUAAAAGUUAAUAAGUUUUGUUCUAAAAAUUAUUAAUCUAAUAUUGUACAAAAUAGGGAUUUUAAAUUUAUUUUGCUUGUUCAGUUCAUUUAAUGUAUAUUAUAAAGAAAUAUAUUAAAUAUACAUUCUUAAAUUAGCAUGUAAUUGGUCUGGACUUUUAUUGUUCCAAAGUUAUGAGCGAUUAUCUGCUCUGGCGAAUUCUUCUGGUCUUAAAGAAAAGGAUAUCUAUGUAAAUUCAUAUGUACAUGUGUUGGCAAAGUUACUGCAGUAAAAUACAUGUCACAUUCUACUAUUAACAGAGAAACGAGCUUCUAGUUAUAUCUUGAUAAUGAAUUAAUGACAAAAGUCGUAUAAAAAAAAUCUCUUUUUAAUCUAUACAUAUAUUACGAAAACUUGGUGUUAUAAAUAUAUAAUAGAAUCUUUUUCAAUGAUUAGUACAUUAUAAAUUGUAUUACUUAGUUUAUGGUUUAUAUAUAUUAUAAAUUAAUAAAGAAGUAUAAAAAUG